AUAUGAUGAUUUUUUUAUCAUGGCAAAUGACACUUUGGAAGGUUUUCAUGAAGUGAAUCUAGCUUCCCCGACUACUCCAGAUCUUUUAGAAGUGCAUGAAUCUAAAACUUCUGAAGAACCUACCUCACCUACCAUAAUUUACCGGCUUCAUCCCUCAGCUGUAUGCGCCUUACCUAUUCAACCAAGUGUUCUGAAUGUGACUGAUCUUCCUACACAACCUGUCUACUCAUCUGCUAGGCACCUAAAUUGUGCAGAAACACCAGGUAUCAGCAUCAACGUCACAGAAACUGUAUCAUGUUCUACCUCAGGAAGCUAUGGUGGGAAGGACAACUGUAGCGCAGAGAGAGAAUUUUUGCAGGGUGCAACAGUAACCGACUUUUCUGAAGGAAGAGAUGAUGUUUUUGGGCUGAGCACAGAUAGUCUCUCUCGUCUGCGAAGCCCAUCGGUAUUGGAAGUUAGAGAGAAAGGCUAUGAAAGACUUAAAGAGGAACUUGCUAAAGCUCAAAGGGAGCUGAAAUUAAAAGAUGAAGAAUGUGAGAGGCUUUCCAAAGUACGUGAUCAACUUGGCCAGGAACUGGAAGAACUCACUGCUAGCCUGUUUGAGGAAGCUCAUAAGAUGGUGAGAGAAGCUAAUAUAAAGCAGGCCACAGCAGAAAAACAGUUGAAAGAAGCACAAGGAAAGAUUGAUAUACUUCAGGCUGAAGUAGCAGCUCUGAAAGCAUUAGUGCUAUCUACUUCUCCGACUUCACCAACAAAAGAGCUUCAGUCUAGUGGAAAAACAGUCUUCAGAAAAGGCCACACAAGGAACAAGAGUACAAGUAGUGCAAUAGGUGUCAAUAACCAGGAAGUUAACAUGAUGCAGCCAAUUGUAAAGGACUGCAAAGAGGCUGAUAUAUCUCUAUACAAUGAAUUCAGAUCCUGGAAAGAUGAUCCUACCAUGGACAGGACAUGCCCUUUUCUCAAUAAAAUCUACGAGGAGGAUAUCUUUCCAUGCUUAACCUUCUCAAAAAGUGAGUUGGCUUCUGCUGUCCUGGAAGCUGUAGAAAACAAUACAUUAAGCAUUGAGCCUAUUGGUCUGCAGCCUGUUCGAUUUGUAAAAGCUUCUGCAGUUGAAUGUGGAGGACCCAAAAAAUGUGCUCUCAGUGGACAAAGUAAAUCCUGCAAGCAUCGAAUCAAGCUGGGGGACUCAGGAAACUACUAUUAUAUUUCUCCUUUCUGUAGGUAUAGGAUCACAUCAGUAUGUAAUUUCUUCACAUACAUUCGAUAUAUUCAGCAGGGGCUUGUGAAACAGCAGGAUGUGGACCAGAUGUUUUGGGAAGUCAUGCAACUGAGGAAAGAGAUGUCGCUGGCAAAACUUGGCUAUUACAGGGAGGAGCUGUAACUCCAGCAUUUCUGGUGCCUGCAUGAACUUCCAUAACUGUACAUACAUUUGAGCUGGUCCUAUAUCCAUGUCUAUUUAUUUUGAAAUGGGUCCAAGAUUAUGUGCAGUUUGCACUACAUACUCUUGUAAUUCAACAGAAUAAUUUUACACAAGAGAUUAUAAAGCUGGCAAGGCAAGAGAAUUUUCAGGUAUACUUGUGACUAUAACUUAUGAUUGAGAAAUUCAGGUGAAACACUGCUCAAGAUUUAUGUGCAUUUUUGUGUGUUCUAGAGAGAGUUUUUAAUAUAA